AUGACUCUGAUCACCACAUUCCUCACGGACCUGUACCAAGAACUUUACCAUCACCUCUUCCUCCCUCUCCUUCCCUACCUCCACCUCUUCCUCACCACACACUUCACCCCCCUCUCUCUCGCCCUCCAAGUCCUCUUCACCGCCCUCUCAUUCUACUUCUUACCCUUCAACGACGUUGCCGCCUCCCUCUGCCUCCUCUACGUCUUCAACCACGCCGUCCCAUUCGCACUCUCAUCCACCCUCUCGUUUUUCUUCCCACUCGAGCUCUACCAGGGCGAGAUCGAGUUCGCAGUCUCCUGCUGUAACAUUGGGCUCCUUGCGGUUGGGGUCUGUAUCGAAGGCCUCAAGUCACUCAUUUGGCGCAUACACCCGGGGGUGCAUCUACUGUACAGCGCAGCUAUCGAAGCGGCGCAGGAUGUCCGGAAGUUGUGGGUGCAAGCGGACUUGGUGGAGAGAAUAAAAGCGAGCCGGGAGUGGUUCGAGAAGAACGUUGUGGGAGUAGAAUUCAUCUGGGAUGAGGUUAUCGCGGCAGUUGAAGCUGCGACCCCCAUCGAAGCCGAGCCAGGGGCCGAGGCCGUAAUUGAGCGUGUUAUACUUCCUCCGCCGGUGGAAAUACACAAACCACCACCAGUCAAAGAACGUCCCCCUCCGCGCUGCCCCAGCCCGUUCAAAUCAUCUUCUAGGUCAAACUUUAGCGAGAGGCAAAGGUCCGAGCUUUAUCGCAAGAGUUCUGACUACUACAAGCAGCGCGGCUCAAACUCGUUGAAGAACUGCUUAACUGUUGUUAAUAGAGCUAGUAUAUGGGACGUACCAGCUGAAAGGGGGAGAAAGAAAGUACCGGUUGUUAGUUGUGCUGUUGUGGCUGCCAAGCCGAUCAUUGACAUUGUCACACCGAAGUCAAUGAUCAAAAAGACAGAAAAUAUGGCAAGCAUGGAAAAGCCAGUAACAGACCAGGAAUCCCGGAAAGAGUUGGCUGAAAAAACCGAUGACGCGGCUACAGGAUCUCUUGAAGGCGUAGAGAAGUUACCUGUUGAAUCGCGCAUUGUUGACAACAUAGCUAUCGAAUGCAUGCCUGCCGAGUGCGCACGAGAGAGAGUUAUCGCGCAGAACAAAGAGGAGAAAGAAGUAAAAGAUCUUGGGGUGAAGAAAGAAAAGGAAGCGAGGGAAGAAGAUGCCGUAGAGCAGGUACGCCCCAAAGAAGAAGAGCCCAUCCAGAUCAGAGGUACUACGGGGCUCCAGAAAAUUGAAACCCAGAAGCACAGUACUCCUCAGGCUAAAGUCAGCGAGGCUAUUAUCACUGAGGGUGGAAUUAAAAUUACUGAGUGCUUGAUAAUGCAUGUUAAAGAGCCCGAGAAGGUCAGCGCAGAGGUGAAACAGGGUGGGGAGUUUGUGAUGGAGGGGAAACAAGUACUUUAUCACCACUCUACCGUUGCCGAAGUUUCUACCGUCCCUGAAGUUGCGACCACUACUACCCUCCCAGUCUUCCAGGCUCUGGAUAGAGACACUAUUACAGAAAUCUCUAGGCGCCCCAUUUUCGAAGUCGCCAGGCCCAUUUCCAGCAUCGAAGUCCUUACUCCUACCCGAGUCUACGACGUUGUAAAAGGGCUCCAGUCUCCUGUGUUGACCCCAGAGUUAUCCGGGGCGCUUUAUUUUACUGGGUUUGAUCAUGUAACCCACAUGCAAGAUGUUUUUUCGCCUCCUCUCACCGCUGAGGAUGAGAGCUUUGAGGAUGCCACCGUAGAAAUGGAGCAAUGCGAAGAGUUUGGUCUAGAAGUAACAGGAGACAAAGACGAAGAAAUGAUGGAUGGAUGGGAUGGGCAGGCCGUAGGAGAUGAGGAGAUGGAGGAGGCCCCAUUCGAUCUCCAGAUGAUAGAUAACGCUCAGCUUUUCUACGAAGACCGCCAGGAUCAAGAGGAUACCAUGGACGACAUUUCUUACACCUCUGAGAAUUGUGAAUCUCAAGAGAUGGAAAUAGAAGAGUCAGAACUAGAGGUUAUUUCCAGCCAGGAGAUGGAAAUAGAGGAAAUAGGACUAGAAGUUACUUCCAGCCAGGAGAUGGAAAUAGAGGAGACAGGGUUGGAAGUUAUCUCCAUCCAGAGCGUUAAUAUUGGGACUGCUCAGCACCAAUCAUUUUCUGUUGCUCCUUUUAUGGUCGCCCCCGUCUGCUAUUUUCCUCCAGUUCCUAUCCGCGAAAUCCUUCUCGAACCUAUCCACACACCAGCCGCAGCUUUUGCUCCAGGCGUGUCCGAUCCCCUCACCGCUUAUCGGGUUGUGUCCGAUCCGACCAGUGGGUCUAUCACUCAUACUACCACGUCUCCUACACCUACGUGUUCCAUUCCUCUUGUUCCCGAUCUUGCAACCUUCAAGUUCGCACCCGCUCUGGCUCCAGAUGUAUCCAAUCUGGCCGCUGUUACAGCCAUUCCAGGUGAUCAAGUGCCCCUAACCUCGGUGCCGAUCGCCACACCGACUAUUACCCCCGUUCCUGCUUUCCUCCUUGCGUCUGCAGUUACUAUCGAAAGUGCCCCGACUCUCCCUGAAACUCAACACUCAGAGAUAGCUACUGCUUCCAGUUCUAGCACACCCAUAUUUCAGAGACGCCAUGAGUCUGUCACUGUCACCACUGCUGCCACUGACGAAACUCCCACAUCGAUUAGUGAUAACGAGAUAACAGGACCUAAAAUCCCUAGUAACAUCCUCAAGACGCAAUAUGAGGCCAUCGCUGUUGAGACUCAGGCUCCUGCUGCUGCUGAGUCUCCUGCUGAAUCUCCUGCUGUUGCGGAGGCUCCCGCUGUUGUCGAGACCCCGACUCCCGUCAGAUACUGGAAGGAAAUCACCGCCUCAAGCUCCCAGACUUCCUCUCCAAGAAGACAAUAUCAUGGAGCCACUUCCAACACUCUCAUGAGUUAUACAUCUCCUCAACAUGUGGAGAUAUCUACUGCCUCUAGUUCCCGUGUUCCCACUCCUAAGAGGCGGUUCGAGCCUGACGCUGCUUCUCGCCGUGAUACCCCCGGCCCCAAGAAGGUCGCACGUAUCAUCGCACCUCUCAAAAAGUCUAUAGCUCCUACCAAACCCGUAAAUGUUCCCGCAAAGCCCUCAAAAGACGUGAAGGGGAAGGGGAAGGGGAAGGCGAUUGAGAUUGAGAUAGAAGAAACCUGGAGCGACAAUGACGAGGACGCCUUUGACGAUAUGGGAAUAGAUGCCCUAAGAGAUACAUCUGCCGAGGAAAAAAGGCUGCGUAGGGAUUAUUAUAUUAACAAUCGAGAAGAUUGA